AUGUCGGCCAGUGUAUACAGCAUCAGCCCAAGCACCAACUUCAAGGGCAACGAUGGCAACUGGUCCACCUUCACAAUACAGGUUGGAACACCACCUACGUUCCUAGAAGUGUUACCUGCCACCUCUGGACGGUCAAUAUGGGUCGUUCACCCACAAGGUUGCGAGUUUUCGGACCAGCCAGAUGGCUGUCAGGACGCAAGAGGAGGCAUUUUCAGUCCGGUCGCGGAGGUGUCAAGCACCUGGAGCAACAUUGGCGAUGCGAACCAGUUUUACGACCUUAACUUUGGCCCAGAAGAGCCACUCAACAGCGCCUUACCAACCAACAGCACAUAUGCAGGUGCAUCAGUCCUUGGAACCGACCUUGUGACAUUUGGGUCAGACGGCGGUUCAGAUGCUCCAGAACUGAGGCUACAGUUUGUCGCAGCAUACGCAGAGCGCGUCCCAUACCUAGGAGUCCUUGGUCUGUCAGCAUUCAACGAGACCCCGAUCAACCGCAACGAGCCCUACAGCAGCCCCCUCGGUGCCUGGAACAGUACGGACAGAGUCUCAAGCGCCUAUUAUGGCUAUACUGCUGGUGCACAUUACCGCACCGAAGACGACAGGCUUGGUAGUCUGGUCUUUGGAGGGUACGAUGCUUCACGGAGAGACCUCGGUCGAGUUGUGACGGUCCCUUUCGGCGCAGCAAAUACAAAUCGAAGCCUUGCGCUCACUGUGCAAGGCAUCACGCUCACGGAUAUUUCGCAAGCGCAAGCCAUAGAUAUGCAGCCACUAGCGAAUGUGCUGAUUGACUCAGUGGUACCAGAGAUCUGGCUUCCGGAAACGAUAUGCAACAGUUUCGAGACAGCGUUCGGGCUUGUGUGGAACAGCACCGCCAGGAUGUAUCUUGUGAGCGACGAUCAGCACAAUCGUCUCACUACACGCAAUGCAUCUGUUACAUUCUCAUUAGCCAGGAACUCAACGGCCAAUAGCACGGCGAUAACAUUACCAUACGCAGCACUUGCGCCCUUCGCUGGCUACCCAUUGCUUGAGCCCGUAACCAACGACGCGACACUGCAACUCAGGUACUUCCCACUCAAACGAGCGGAAUCCACCAAUCAAUAUUACCUAGGGCGCACCUUCUUGCAAGAAGCGUAUCUUGCCGUCGAUUAUGACAGGGAAGAGUUCUAUGUCUCCCCAGCGAAGUUCGGUUCUGGCGAACCAAGCUUGCAACAAGUGUACUCCCCGGGGCGUGACAAUGGUCCCUCCGGCUUGCGCGGUGGUGCUAUCGCGGGAAUCGUUGUUGGAGCUUUGGCGGCGCUUGCACUUGCCGGUGCUCUGGGGUGGUGGUUCGGCUUCAAGAAGCACAGGCAGGAGAGGCGACGUCGAAAGUCCAAGUCCUACGGCGGCACAUCCAGCAUUGGCGGCACAACCAUCGAAGCCUGGCAAGAAGGAAUACCGCCUGGCCAUGUUGAGCACUACAAACCAGCAAUGUCGGAAGUCGGAAGUGAUCAAGACCAGCUCAAGCAAGAGCUCGAUGCGACCGCUACUGCCCGCGGUUCAGCUGCAUUCCAUCGACACGAACUUUCGGCAGGCACGAUACGCAGAGUCAGCGAUCAGUCGAGAGCCAGCAUAUCGCCUUUGGAAAACAGGAGGAGCCACUACCGAUCCGGAUCGUACGGCGUGCCAUUGCCACCAAGCGCGGAUCAGUUGGGAGCGCCUUCACCACCAUUGCCGGGCUCAGAGCAUCCAUCGCCGCCACUGUCGAGCGGGACUAGCUGGUUUGGAGGACCUGUUGAACUACAUGGCUUCUCCAGAGGUAGUCCGGCAUCACCUUCUACGCCGGCUAUAGAGGAGGUGCCACCAAUCCAGGAAGGCUCUCAGCCUGCUGAUCGCAACACUUUGAAUCAUCUUGAGGGCUCGAAUGCAUAG